GUAGGUUAUGGCGUCAGAGUUGGCCGCGUUGUGCCUCCUGCUCCUGCACUCUGGAGCUCAUGGCUUUGGGAUAUUACCCGGGAAAUCUCAGAGUCACCUGGAAAUCACUGAGAGUGCAAUUUUAAAUGUCGUCGUUUCAGUGUGCCGUGAUCUGGCUCAAGCAGAAGGGGCAGACUUUACAUUCCCUUCGCAGCCUUACACCACAGAAGCUGUUGUUGUUGCCUGCAACGCAAAAAAAUCAUCCAAGAGGUUCCAGCUGGCCUUAACAUCUGUCAUAUUACGGAACGUACGGGUGGAUCUCCGUCAUGCACUCAAUGGGAGCUUCCACUUUGAUGAGGAAAUGUUUGUGCAAGGAAGGAGAAUCAUUGCAGAGGGAGUCCAGGCCGUCAAAGCAAGCAACAAGCAAGAAAACUUUGAGGCAGCGAGGGAGAAACUGGGGGAGAUUUUACAUCCAUUACAGGAUUUCUACAGUCAUAGUAACUGGGUGGAACUGGGGAACAAAUUCCCAAACUCAAAUCUGAUCCGAUCUGACACCAGCAUUGGAAACCUAGCAGAAAAAAGCAGAGCAACGUGUCGAAACUGUGAAGGAGACGACUGCACCAACAACAUUCUGGAGGACGUCAUAGCAGAGGGGAUACUGACCUCCGGCUAUUUUGGUAUUGUGCCUAUAGUCUCAACAAAACCAAAAGGAAAAUGCAGCCAUGGAGGAGGGGUGGAUCAAACAAGCACCAUUGAGCCUAAAGGUGGAAUCAACAAAGACGAGUUUGAGUCUAAUCAUGGACACCUUCACACUGAAGCGGCAAACAUGGCCAUAGCUGCAACCGGUCAGCUACUAGACGAUGUUCGAAGGGCUGCUGGUGACAGAGCCUUCCUCCAGAUGAUGGGAAUCUCCAAAGGAUCCAGUAAAGCUCUUUGUUUCGUGAUCGACACAACAAAGAGCAUGAGUGAUGACAUUGAGGCAGUGAGGGACGUCACCUCCUCCAUAAUCAACAGUGAAGUGGGAACAGAGAACGAGCCCUCCACUUACAUUCUCGUACCGUUCAAUGAUCCAGAACUUGGGCCGCUGACAAAGACGACAGACCCACAAGUGUUCAAGAACGUUAUCAACUCACUGUCGGCUACUGGGGGAGGAGACGAUGAAGAGCUGAGUCUCUCUGGGCUGCAGAUGGCUUUAAGUGCUGUUCCUUUAAACUCUGAGAUCUUCCUCUUCACUGAUGCGCCUGCUAAAGACAAACACCUGAAAAGUGCAGUGAUUGCACUCAUAGAGCGAACUCAAACAGUGGUGAACUUCAUGAUUACUGACUCAACAGUGACCAAUCGUCGGAUUCUGCGUGACAACAUCAGGAGACAGAGAGCGAUCACCACAUCAGACGCUCAGGUGUACAGAGACCUGGCUCAGGCUUCAGGAGGUCAGGCUAUUGAAGUCACAAAAACGGAGCUCCCCGUGGCCACCAGCAUCAUAACAGAGUCCACCAGCUCCUCAUUGGUGACCCUUCUGCAAGCAGCCAGGAACCCAGGAAAAAUGGAGAAUUUCUUCUUCAGGGUCGAUGGAACAAUCACAAACCCGAGAGUUUACAUCACCGGGCAAUCUGUCACUUUCACUCUCAUCAGCCCCAAUGGUGAAUCACAGCAAAGCACCGACACAACAGGCUCACUGAUCACCGCAUCGCAGUCAGUGGGAAACUUCAGGACUCUGCGUAUAAAAACAGAAGUUGGACAGUGGGAAAUAAGAAUGAUGUCGACCAAUCCCUACACUCUGAAGGUCAUAGGUCAGAGUUCUAUUGACUUCCUGUUCGACUUUGUGGAGGCGUCGCAGGGCCCGUUCACCGGAUAUGACGCUCUUGACACACGCCCCAGAGCUGGUGUGAACGGUACCUUGUUGGUGACCUUAACGGGGAGUGACUCUGGCACGCUGACGGAAGUCACCCUGGUUGAAUCAAGGGGGUCGAAGGAGGUUAACGGAGUUCUGGAGUCACAGGGAAGUGGAAAUUUCUUGGUUCGGGUUGACCAGAUGCCAUCGGAGGAGUUUGUGGUGCGGGUGAAGGGGAAAGAUGGCAGCUCUUCAUCGGGCGUCUUCCAAAGGCAAUCACCUACCAGCUUCAGAGCCUCUAAUGUGACCAUCACUGCCGAUUCAAAUCCCAUCCUAGUACCAGGAACACUAUUCUCUGUGCCCUUCUCUGUGACGACCAGUGGAACCGGGGGAAACUUCACCAUCCGAGCCACCAACAACCAACAACGGUUUAACUCAGUAUCUCCAACCUCUUUAAUCCUGGUCUCUGGAAACAGCACAGAUGGCACAGUGAACAUCACCGCACCGCUCAACACUCCAUCUGGAACUGAUUUCACCAUGACCAUUGAAGCCGAGGCUCCAGGGGGCGCUGACACCAACUACGUCAUGCUGCGUUUCUCCGUUCUUAACACGGUGACUGAUUUCACUCAGCCGGUGUGUCAGCUGCUCAAAUUGUCCAACUGCUCUGGUGCCUGCAACUCGACAUGGGAGCUCUCUGUGCGGGUGUCUGAUGGGGAUGGCGGGGUGGGUGUAGAGCGCGUCAGCCUCAAACAAGGCAACGGGUCCCUGGACACCAGCCUGGACGCUGACAACGCGAACAUAACACUGGUGUCCUACAGGGCGUCUUGCUGCUCACCUGACAUGGAGCUCCUGGCUGUGGAUCGGGUGGGAAAUGUGGGCCUCUGUUUCUACUCUCUCAAGGAGAGUUCCCCAGAUGCUCUCUCUUCAUCCACCAAAGUCACUCAGUCACUCUUUCUUUUCCUGAGCACGCUGGUGCUCGGGCUCCAUGUGACGACUCAGGGGGGAAUUCAGUGACUCCAGUAAAGCUCUGAUCAACCUGCUGUAUAACUGCAAUCUGAUGAUGAUGACUGCAAUCUGUUUCAGGUUGAGCACAAGGUGUUUUUUUUUCUUUUUUCAAAGUAAAGCUAGUUGCAAAAUUGAUUAUUGUACUCUGACAUUAAAAACUGAUUUUCAUCUGCAUUGCUGCUGUUAUUAAAGUAGAUUUUCCUCAGAGAGAUGAGGUAUGAUGACCUUUAAAAUCAUGAAAAGAGAAAUCCUGUUGCUUCCCCCGAGACAGAAAGACUGUCGUAGGGUUUGCUGUACCAACAAAUGGAAGUGGCAGACAUUUUAUUUUUCUUUAAAAAAAAA